AUGUACAAUUCAACUGAUGACGAAUUAUUGAAAAUCGACGAUUGUAUUGAUACUUGGUCUACAAGAAUGACAAGCGCUAGUGAUUUUCAACGUUUACAUAAUGUUAUUUCAACUAAUCUAACGAAGAUUAGUAACAAUGCAACGGAUCUUGAAAAACUCGUUCAAAAAUUAGGUACUCCAGAAGAUAGUGAGCCAUUACGUGAACGCUAUCAUCGACUUCAAAAUGAAACUAAAAUAUUAAUGCAACAAACAAAUGAUGCACUUCAAGAACUUAAUAAUACUCGUGUAUUAACAGAAGCUGAUCAGAGACGCAAAAAAACUUUAACUGAAAAUUUACCAAAACAAUAUUUAGCAACAUUAAAUCGUUUUCAAGAAGCACAACGUACUGGUGCACGAAAAGAAAAAGAAAGUCUUGAUCGUGCACGUGCUAUAUCAUUUCGACAACAAGGCAUGUCUGAUUCACCGUUUGCCGAUAAUUUUGUUCCAACACCAACAUAUGAUCAAAUUCAACAGCAAGCGGUUUUACCAAUUGAACAAGAAGUUGAUAUGAGAUCAUUAAGAGAACGUGAUGAACAAUUACGUGAACUUGAAACAAAUAUUGUUGAAGUUAAUGAAUUAUUCAAGGAUGUUGCUAAACUUGUUCAUGAACAAGGUGGUGUUAUUGACUCUAUUGAUCAACAUAUAAUCAAUACUGAAGUGAAUGUAACACAUGGCAAUCAACAUUUAUCAAAAGCUAUGACUUAUCAGUGCUGCUCGACGAAAAAAGGUCAUAUUAGUUACAGUUUUACUUGUUGUCCUUGCUAUUAUUAUACUUGUUUUGGUUUUAACAUUGAAAAAGUGAUACAUUCAGAUGGAGACAACGCACUCGAAUUACCUCCAAAUGUUUCAUAUGUAUUAUCAUAA